UAUAUAACAAACACACACUGUUUAUUUCCUAAACGUAGGGAAACAGCAAUGUAUUUACUAAACAUCCUGUCUUGCAUAGCCUCAAAGUAACACGUUCGUACGCAUAGAGGCACAGAAAGUUUAUUAUAAAUUGACAGAAUGGCAGAUGUACGCGAUAUAUUGGACAUCGAGGUGCCUACCACCAGUGAACUCACGAAAGAGUCAAUUAUAGGAGGCGACAAGAAAAAUCGAAAGAAAUAUGAGUACAAAGUACCUAAGAGACCGGAGGGUAUGCACCGUGAAGUCUUUGCGUUGUUGUGCAAAGACAACAAUGACGUGCCGCCACUGUUCCCGACGGAUACAGCAAAGGGAUAUAAACAAGUUCGGGCUAAACUUGGUAUGAAAAAAGUGAGACCAUGGAAGUGGACACCUUUUACUAAUCCUGCAAGAACAGAUGGAGCGGUCUUCCACCAUUGGAGACGAGUGGCAGAUGCGGGGAAGGAAUAUCCCUUUGCCAAAUUUAAUAAAAAAGUUCCUAUUCCAACGUAUACCAAUGCUGAAUAUGUUCAACAUUUAGUCACAAAUGGAUGGACCAGAGCAGAAACUGAUCAUCUGUUUGAUUUAUGUAGAAGAUUUGAUUUGAGAUUUAUUAUAAUAAAAGAUAGAUGGGAUCGUACAAAAUUCCCUGCUAGAUCUGUAGAAGAUUUGAAGGAAAGGUACUAUCAAGUGUGUGCUGCUUUAACAAAAGCAAAGUCUCACAGUGAUAAGGUAUAUACGUUUGACGCAGAACACGAAAAACGUAGGAAAGAACAGUUAAAGAAAUUGUUUGAAAGAACACCGGAACAAGUGGAAGAAGAGCAAAUGUUGCUGACUGAAUUAAGAAAGAUUGAACAGAGAAAGAAAGAAAGGGAUAGGAAAACGCAAGAUUUACAAAAAUUAAUAACAGCCGCCGAUCAUCAAGCGGAUCCACGAAAGAAUGAGAGGAAACCCACAAAGAAGAGUGGAGCUUCUUCUAGGAAUAGACCCAAUAAGACUGAUACAUCUCAUACCGUUGAAUCAGCUGGUAUCAAGUUCCCAGAUUUUAAAAAUAGCGGUGUGUCGCUCCGUUCGCAAAGGAUAAAGUUGCCAAGUAGUUUAGGUCAAAAGAAGAUGAAGGGUAUUGAACAGAUGCUUAACGAAUUAGGACUAGAAUUAAAUCCACCGCCCACGGAGCAAAUAUGUCAGCAGUUCAAUGAGUUGAGAAGCGACAUUGUUUUAUAUUAUGAGCUUCGAAACGCGUUGUCGACGUGUGAUUACGAAUUGCAAUCGUUAAGGCAUCAAUACGAGGCUUUAGCUCCUGGGAAGACGUUAACGAUACCUCCGGCGUUGUUACCGAAAACCGAACCUGAAGUCAAAGCAGACAUAAUAGAUGUGGUUGGUUCACCUAGCAUGCCGGCCAUUACUCACUGAUUUUUUCAGUAAAUUAGUUUCAUGCCGAUUGUAAAUAAUUUCCGAGACAUUGAAUCGCAGUACUCGAGACAUUUCGCACAAGUGUCACAUUGGAAGCGUCUCGCCGACUGUACCAUUUUUUAUAUUGUAUCGGACAACGAUUAAAAGUAAUUUAACGAAUGUUAAUGGCGUCGUUGUUAUCAGUCACCCGAGAUAUUGUCCUCCAGUCCU